UCUUAACGUAGAGUACUUUAAUAUUUUCUGAAUCUCAAUUUCCACAUCCCAGCAUCUCAGUCUUCUAACAAUAACACCCACCAUGUCCAACACCAACAAAGGCCCCGAGAUCCCCACCACAGGGACACGUACCAAGCUCGUCCCCUCCAUCUCGCAAUUCCUUAAGGACAAUUCCUCACUCCACCUCGGCGGCGAUGAAGACUUCCACGCAGAGCGGCGCAAGCACCUUGAAGUCUUCGGCAUCCACAGCAUCCCCAAGGACAAGCAACACCCCAUCGGCGAAGUAGAAUUCACCGCCAUCCGGGGACCCCAUGGAACGAUCCCCGUCCGGGUGUUCUAUCCAAAAUCCGGGGAAGAGCACCGCAAAAAGGGUGAGGCUGGCGCACUGGUGUAUUUCCAUGGAGGAGGAUACACAGUGGGCAGUGUCGAUGAGUUUGAGAAUGGCUUGAGAUUCCUAGCAGAGGAGAGCGGUGUACAAGUCUACGGCAUCGACUACCGUCUCGCCCCCGAAUUCAAAUUUCCCGUCCAACUCGACGAGUACUCCCACAUCAUCGACUGGCUUCAAACCUCAGGCGGUCAAGAGCGCGGAGUGCACCCCUCCCGCGUAUCCGGCGGCGGCGACUCAGCAGGCGGCAACAUGACGGCCGCCAUCUCGCUGCGGCGUCGGGACGAAGGCAAGACCCCGCUUCACAGCCAGAUCCUACUGUACCCGGAGGCGAGACUGCCAUUCGACACGCCCGCAGCCGCAGAGAACAACUCAGGAUACUAUUUGGAGUGCAACGGCAUCUUCUCGUUCGCGGACCACUAUCUCCCGCGCGGCACGCCGCCGAGUUACAAGUACAUCUCGCCCGGUAUGCAAUAUAAAGAGUACUUGAAGGGCCAGAGCUGCGCGGGCGUGUACACGUCUGGCUUUGAUCCGCUGAGAGAUGUGGGUGUUGAGUACGCGCAUAAGUCGAGGGAGGCUGGGAAUGAGAUUGUGUGGAGGCACUACGACGGGAUGACGCACGGGUGGCUGCAAAUGACUGCUUGGAGCGACGAGGCGAAGGAUGCGGUGAGGGAUGUUGCAGCGGAUCUGAAGAAGUUCACGUACAGCUAGAACAGAUGAGUUGGAUAGAGUUGCGCAGUAAUGAAGAAUGAUUUUAUGCUUUUCUUGGUAGCCAGUGUUGGGUACCGUCUACUCUACUUCGCCAUCCAAUUUAUCGUCUAUGAGGCAAGAGUCGCGGGCU